AUGUGGUGUAGGUGUGUAUGCAAGUCUUGGUUCUCCCUCAUCUGCCGUAGCCCUUCCUUUGUCGCCACCGCCUUUCUCAACUUGCGCGGCUGCGACGACAGCAGCAACAAGAGCACCACCAUGACUAACUUCCUUUUCCAUAACGAAAACCCACCUCUUAGUGUCCAUGGCUUGGUUUGUGCAUCUACCUAUGACUAUGAUUUUUUUAUAUUUAACCCUACCACUAGAGAGUCCGUGGUUCUUCCCCGUCACCCCAAUGCAUCUACCACAUAUCACUUUGGGUUCAGUCCACUUACCAACGAGUAUAAGGUUGAUCUUCAGGCAGGGAUUCUUCGUGGAGGCCAUUGCAGGUGGAACCAUCCGAUCUUCCUUUUGAUGGCUUACUCCUCUAACUCUUGUUAUUCAAGGAAAAGUACUGGAAGCGUGUGCCUCAACGGGGCUGUACAUUGGCUCAUUCAGAAGCAUAAAGUGAUUGUGGUAUUUGACGUUCGAGAGGAGACAUUCAGAGUGGUGCCACUACCCCAAGAUUAUGCUCAAGUGUUUGAUGAUUAUAUUCAUCAAGAUAAUAAUGCUCAAGUGUCGUGA